UUUUUUUUCUUUCUUUCUGCUAUAAAAGGCCUCAUCCUCACCACCUCUCCAUCGCAUCACCCAGCUCUUCCUCACCACUCCUCUCCACACCAACUCAACCCUCUCCGCUUUCGGACAAAGCACACUCACUCCGCCUUUCUCGCACACUCACAAGGCCUUGAUCUACCUGAUCUCCUAUCCAGCCAACCCACAGCCCCCAACGCGCCAUCAAACAUGAUCUUCUCCACCCUCUCCAAGGCUUCCCUCGCCCUCAUCGCCACCUCCAUCCUCCUCAUCCUCACCCAAUCAGUCGAGUCGCACUCGUACGUCGACUGCGUCGAUUGGCGCUUCUCGGACCCUAAGAACAAGUCCUGGUCCGAUAAGCACGGUAAAUGCAUGGGCUAUGCUCGUCGCUUCCCUCUGAAGGCCAAGCCUUUCGCCAAGCUCGAUUCCGAUGACCCCAACCGCCACUACCAGCAGUCUCACAAGGACCCCGACCACGCCUUGCCUUGCUCCGACGGCAAGCAGGGUGAGGAACCCGGUGCUAAUGAGCAGAGAGGCAAGACUUUCGAGGCCCCCUACACAGGAGUUGACCAACAUGGCCGCAAGGUCGGUCAGAUGACUGUCGUCAACGCUGGCAAUGAGCUCUGCAUUCGCUGGCCUGCCAAGAACCACGCUGUCCCCGACGAGAAGAAUGAGCCCGUGACCAUUGGUUUGUCCGGACCCAACCCCGCUAAGGACCCCACGCAGCAAGAGUUCUUAAAAAACAUUAUCAACAAAUUGAACUACAAGAACUGCACUGACAAGGGAAAAGACACCGACAUCUGGCCAUGCGGCGGUUGCUUCAAGGUGUCCGAGAAGCUCAAGCCUGCCAUUUACACUAUGCAGUGGCGCUGGAUGCUUAACGGCGAUAGCGGCAAAGAGUAUUAUACAAGCUGCGCUGACAUUAAGGUCUUGGCCAAGGGCGCGAAGAACUAAAGCAGUCUUUAAGCCUUGAUACCCUUUUCCCCGCCGUUUUUUUCUUUUUUCUUCAUCUUCUCUUUUUUGCGCGAAGCGCUGUGCGCGAGUCAAAAGUAGAAAGUGCCAUUAACAUUAGAAAUUUCUCAGCUGUACCAUACAUUCAAUAAAAACGAUAUCCACCACAA